GAUCUAAAAAAUACGGAAGUGUUAUUACGGAAAUGCCUUUUACGUUGUACGUUGUUAUGCUGUUGUUCUUCAAGUUGAUAUAAUUACAAGUGUGUAGAGAUAGCACGUUGUUAAAACGUUUUUAUAUUAUUACAUUAAUUAUAUUUGGAUAAACAAAAAAACAAAAAAAAACUUUAAGCGACGACACUCCGUUUGCUGCAAGUACAUGGAACAAUGAAAUGAGACACUUGAGGAACGCCAGCGAUUAUCGCAUUUGAUGCAGUGAACAACAAAGGCUGCUAGGAUGGAUGAUAUCUAUACAUUGCAGCAGGAAGUGGGACGAGGCAGCUAUGGAUUCAACAGUGGUUCAACAACUCGGCAGUGCUAUUGCGUUCCUGCACAGGCAUGGAAUAGUGCACCGUGAUAUAAAGCCAGAUAAUGUUCUUGUCUGUCUUACUAAAACAGGACCGGUCAUGAAGGUGGCAGACUUUGGCCUCAGUAAGAUGGUGGACAAUCCUACUGAUGGUGUUCAGAGUAGACUGGCUCUUUCCUCUACCUGCGGCUCAGACUUCUAUAUGGCUCCAGAAGUUUGGGCAGGUCGUAGUUAUACAGCCCAGGCUGACAUCUUCUCCCUGGGUGUGCUUUUCUGGGCUGUGCUGGAGAGAAUCACUUUCCUAGAGGAUGGCACCAAUCAAGAACAACUGGGAGCAUAUGUAAUGCGAGGCCGCUGGCUCAUCCCGUUAGGUGAGGCUCUGUGUCAGACUCCCGACCUGCAGUUGAUCAUCCCUAUGAGGGCACGACGUGCUCCGCCACUGCCGCCACCUCCAAACCCUGCUAUGUGCGAGCUGCUGAUGGACAUGCUAGAUUCUGACCCUGACAUCCGGCCCACGGCAGACCAGCUGGAGAAGAGGGUCCGGCGUGCCAUAGAGGUCCACUGAUCUCAGAGCAGCAUGCUAACAACCAGUCUCAUUUAUACACUGAAAAACUUGAAGAUGAGGCCAAAAAAAGUUGAAAUUGAGAUUUAUAGAUUUGUGUUAUUUGCUGUGUGUCUGUUACUGUGUGAUGCUUUAUGAAUUGGAAUAUAAUUAGUAUAUAGGGCUGCAUGAUAUACAUACAAAUAUCACAAAUUAAUAAAUUGCUAUAUGCAUUAUCAUACUGCGUUCAAUAUCGUGCAGCCCUAUUAGUGUAACAAAGCUUUUGCUCUAUUUUGUGAUGUCAAUGUAAUUUUAGGUAUUUACUGAGAAGUCAACUAAAGAACAAUAUAAAAUAAGUGAAUCAAUACAGUAUUGUGUGCAAAAACACAUUUUCCCAGUCCAAACUUGCCUUAUCUGUAGAAUUUGUAACACAGCUUUCAUGCUUAUAAGGAUAGUCAGUCAUAAUCGGUUACAGUUGUGUUGUCAGACGAAGUAAGACACGAGAAACUGAGCAUUCAGGAUGGUCACACCACAAAUCGCCACCUUGAAGCGACAGUGUAAUUAUAGAAAGUCAAAAUGACUGAAACCUUUGAAGUUUCGUUGCUGGUGGUGCAUGUUCAAUAUCUAGAUUGGAGGGGAAAUAAUUUUGUUUCCCGUAAUGUGUAUCUGUGAAAAAUGGCACAAGUAUCAAUCAUUCAGAUCGCCUGUUUUCCACUGACAGGACUGUCAUGGUUUCUGUGGCUUUAGUGGCCAGUCUUGUAGAUGGUUUUGUCUUUACAGGAUGCUUCAGAUGGUUUUCUGGUUGGGGAAAGUGCUCCAUCUUCCACAGGAAAUUAAAGUCCCCCCUUUGUGAUGGAUAGAAAUGA